AUUUUUUAUCUCAACGCUCCAUCUCUCCCAUUUCUGUCAUCUGUCUCCUUUUGCAAAUACUUUACUUGCUUGAUGAAAUUAGCGUUAGAGCUUUGCACCCUAUAGAGUUUUGUGCAAGAUCUCUCUCUGUUUCAUUGCAUCUUCAUUCUCUCUCACUUCCCACGACCGUAAAAUUUUUUUUGAAGUAAUUUUGUCCCUCAAUUUUCUAUAGUAAUAGGAGAAUCUUGCCUUUGGUCACCGAAACUCGAAAAUGACAUCUCAUAAGACUUUUAGAAUGAAGAAGAAGCUCACGAAGUAGAUGAGGCAGGUCGAUCCCGCACUGGAUCCAUCUUGGAACCAACAACAUGAUCAGAUACAACGCAAAGUGCAGGCAUUGGCAAUGCACCAAGCUAGGGCUUUGAGGCAGCAUUAUUUUCUGUCAAACUCUGGCAUGUUGGCCGAGCUUCACAUCAAGGUACAAAGUAUGAUUCGUUUAUCAACCUGGUGGGAUGCCACCAAUUUCAUCCACAAGCAAGCCCACAUUAAAGAGGUGGAGAAUCUUGCUUCCAGAUGGCUCUUAUGGCACAUAUCCAAGCCCACAGGCACUUGGUACCUAUGAGAUCGAGGUCGUGGUCAAGCAGUAUCGACAAGCUGCAUUGAAUGUCAUUCGAGCAGACAGACCUGGAAGAGGCAAAAGCUCAGGAGAUAGGAAAGUUACAAAAUUAUUUGCAAGAACUGCAAACUUAAGGAUUCAAGCCGAGUUGGUUCUUGUGACCAUUGCUGGGAAAGAAAGCAAGAAUGGUGUAUGUAAUGGGCAUUAUUUGGAAGAUAGAGUUUCUUUUAGUGAAGAUAAAGUGAUGGAUGCUGAAGGUGUGCGAUGAAAUGAUACCUUAACAAAGCAAAAGAGAAACAACAAUGACAACUCAACUACAUUGAUAAUAUAACCUUGAAUACUUGAUGAAUCAAGAGCAUUUUGAGAUCUAGUGUACUUUAUCUUAGCUUGUUUAGUUUGAAUAACAAUUUUAUUCUAGAAAAUUAUUCAAUACUUUAUUUUGUAAUGUUGAUGUUAUCAAUGGAAGUUAUGGUGUUUGGUUUGUUAUGAAA